CAAAGAGGCAGAAUCCUCACCUCCUUCAACCACAGCAGGUGCCGAAAGGAAGAACAGGCUCAGCCAAUCAGCCUCCAGAGAAACGAAGAGACGACCUCGCCAGCUCAGAGACCAGACAUGGCAUCGUGGGGUGAAGCCAAGCUCUUCUUCUGCCUCCUCUUCAUCACCUGCUGCUGCACAAUGACGUCAGCUGAGGUUCCCAGGGACUGCUGCUUGAGCGUCAAAAACAAAGAGGUUAAAAAAAUUCUGGUUGUAGACUACAGUCGACAGAUCAGCGGAGGUGGCUGCUCUAUUGAUGCCACAGUUUUGGUGACCCGAGGUGGAAGGAAACUCUGUGUGCCUGCUGAUGAAAGCUGGAUCCAGGCUGUGAUGAAGCAUGUGGACCACCUAAAGAAACGCUGCAAGAGUGUCCAAUACAAGGGCCAACACUGCAAGGGAGUGAUUCACGAGUAAACAUUUGAGCGACCUGCGACCCCUUCAGCCAAAGAGACAACGGAGCCAGAGAGGACCACUGCCAGUCAGCGAAGAAAAAGGGGCAAAUCAAAUCAAAUCAAUAAAUAAAUAAAUUAUAUUGAGUCCUAUGACUACAUAGAGAUUAAUCUAUUCUACCAUUAUAUUUUAUAAAGUUAUGUUUGAGUCACCAUGAAAAUUUGAAGGAUUAUUAUAUAUUUUUUUUAUCUGUUUUUCAAGGACCAAAAAUGUGAAAGUUUGUAAGAGUGUGUUGCUGCUCACUAAGCUAACUGUGAACAAAUUAACUACUCAGGCAGUUUGUUUGUUGUAUAAAUUUGUUUUGGAGGUUAUUGACUUUUUUCAAAAUUAAAGCCUUGUUUUUCUAAA